CGCGCUGACCGCGCCACGGGCCACGCAGGGCCGCCCCGCUCCCUGCCUUAGCGCAACUGUCAGGCGAAACGGGCCGGCGCAUAUUGGCUCGGCGACACGCCGAGGCUCCUCCCCGAGUCUGGAUCUUUAUAUUUUGGGAGAAUUUCUUUGAACUCCGCGAGCGCGGUGAAGGAAGCAAGUUCCCACCGCCGGCAGCGCAGACGGAGGCGCGGCGCGGCCAGGGCUCGCCCAUCUCCCGCGGCCGCCCUGCGCCCGGUCGGCCCCUGGGGCUCCCGGCGGAGGAGAACGGACUGACUUGGCUGAGGGCGAUGCCGGUGAUCUGGACGUGACCGUGAAAGAGAACGCGUGCCUGCAUGAGGAAGGAGAGGAUGAAGAAAAUCAUUAUUUGGAGAGAAGAAUAAACCAGCUACUCCAACCCUUUCUGCAAAUUGGUGCUAUUACUUCUGGGUCCAUCUGCUUUGAUUCUCCCGAACCCCCAAUUAGAAAAUCUUAAGUUGAGGGCCCAGGGACAGCCCCCCUGCAACGGGGGAGGGGAGGGGACCCUUCUGGGUUGGCAGACCUUUUGGAUGUAGCGUUGGCGAGACAUUUAGACGCUCUCCUCUGCAAAAGGCACCAUGAAUUCAGUAGCUGGGACUAAAGAGAGGCUUGCGGUCUCCAGCAGAGGCAAGAAAUACGGGGUGAACGAAGGCUGCUCGCCCACCAACCCUGCGGCUCCUUUCUCCCCGGAAAGCUGGUAUCGGAAAGCGUACGAGGAGUCGCGCGCGGGCAGCCGGCCCACCCCGGAGGGCGCAGGCUCGGCUCUCGGCUCGUCGGGGACCCCGUCCCCUGGCUCGGGCACCUCGUCCCCCAGUUCCUUCACCGGCUCCCCCGGGCCCGCGUCCCCGGGCAUUGGCACCAGUUCGCCGGGCUCUCUGGGCGGCUCGCCGGGCUUUGGCACGGGCUCCCCGGGGUCCGGGAGCGGCGGCGGCUCCUCCCCCGGCUCCGACCGCGGCGUCUGGUGCGAGAACUGCAACGCCCGCCUGGUGGAGCUGAAGAGGCAAGCCCUUAAGCUGCUCAUCCCGGGGCCCUUUCCCGGCAAGGACCCUGCUUUCUCAGCUGUGAUUCAUGAGAAGCUUCAGGUCCCCAACACCAUCCGAAAGGCAUGGAAUGACCGAGAUAACCGCUGUGACAUUUGUGCCACACACCUGAACCAGCUGAAGCAAGAAGCCAUUCAGAUGGUGCUGACGCUGGAGCAGGCGGCUGGCAGCGAGCACUAUGACGCCUCACCUGGCUCGCCUCCUGCGCUCUCCAACAUGCCCGCCCUGGUUGGGUCCCGGCACUUGGGCGGAGGGCUCCAGCAGCCCAGGGACUGGGCCUUUGUGUCCGCCGCCUAUGCCAGCUCCAACUACACAGGCCUUGUCAACAAGCACAGCAGCAAACCCAGCAGCCUUGGGGUCAGCAAUGGGGCAGAAAAGAAGAAUGGGUCCCCCACCCACCCUGCCAAGGUCAGCCUCCAGAUGGCCACCAGUCCCAGCAAUGGGAACAUCCCCAACGCAGUGGCCAUUCAGGCCCACCAGUACCUGGAUGGCACCUGGUCUCUUUCAAGAACCAAUGGAGUCACCUUGUACCCCUACCAGAUCUCCCAGCUGAUGACAGAGAGCACCCGCGAGGGACUGACGGAGGCGGCUCUGAACCGCUACAAUGCAGACAAGCCCGUGGCCUGCAGCGUCCCAGCCUCGCAGGGCUCUGUUGCGGCGAGCGAGACUUCCACAGGAACCUCAGUGGCCGCGUCCUUCUUCGCACGAGCUGCCCAGAAGUUAAAUCUGUCUUCCAAAAAGAAGAAGCAUCGACCUUCUACUUCCUCUGUGGUCGAGACACCGCUCUUUGCUACUAGCUUCAGCGGGAUUCUGCAGGCCUCCCCUCCCCCGGCCCCGCCCUGUCUGCUGAGGGCUGUCAACAAGGUGAAGGACACGCCAGGCUUGGGCAAGGUCAAAGUCAUGCUUCGCAUUUGUUCCACUUUGGCUCGUGAUACCUCAGAGUCCAGCUCUUUCUUAAAGGUGGACCCACGGAAGAAGCAGAUCACUUUGUAUGAUCCCCUGACGUGUGGAGGUCAGAAUGCCUUUCAGAAAAGAAGUAACCAGGUUCCUCCUAAGAUGUUUGCCUUUGAUGCAGUCUUUCCACAGGAUGCUUCUCAGGCUGAAGUGUGUGCUGGGACCGUGGCAGAGGUGAUCCAGUCAGUGGUCAAUGGGGCCGAUGGCUGCGUGUUCUGCUUCGGUCAUGCCAAACUGGGAAAAUCCUACACCAUGAUUGGGAAGGACGACUCCAUGCAGAACCUGGGCAUCAUCCCCUGUGCCAUCUCUUGGCUCUUCAAACUGAUCAAUGAACGCAAAGAAAAGACUGGGGCCCGUUUCUCAGUCCGGAUCUCAGCUGUGGAGGUGUGGGGGAAAGAAGAGAACCUACGGGAUCUGCUCUCUGAGGUGGCCACGGGCAGCCUGCAGGAUGGCCAGUCCCCAGGCGUGUACCUCUGCGAAGACCCCAUCUGUGGCACGCAGCUGCAGAACCAGAGUGAGCUGCGGGCCCCCACUGCAGAGAAGGCUGCCUUCUUCCUGGACGCUGCCAUUGCCUCCCGCAGGAGCAGCCAGCAGGACUGCGAUGAGGAGGACCACCGCAACUCCCACAUGCUCUUCACACUGCACAUCUACCAGUACCGGAUGGAGAAGAGUGGGAAGGGUGGAAUGUCUGGAGGUCGCAGUCGCCUGCAUCUCAUUGAUCUCGGCAGCUGUGUGAAAGCUCUUAGCAAAAAUCGAGAAGGAGGCUCGGGGCUGUGCCUCUCACUGUCCGCUCUGGGCAAUGUUAUCCUGGCUCUCGUCAAUGGCAGCAAACACAUCCCAUACAAAGAGAGCAAGCUCACCAUGCUGCUGCGCGAGUCUCUGGGGAAUGUGAACUGUCGCACCACCAUGAUCGCUCACAUCUCCGCCGCGGCCGGGAGCUAUGCAGAAACCCUGUCCACCCUCCAGAUUGCAUCGAGGGUCUUAAGGAUGAAGAAAAAGAAGACAAAGUACACGUCCAGCUCCUCUGGCGGAGAAAGCUCCUGCGAAGAAGGCAGAAUGCGCAGGCCUACGCAGCUGAGACCCUUCCACACCAGGGCCACGGUGGAGCCCGACUUCCCCAUUGCUCACCUGUCCAGUGACCCCGACUACUCCUCCAGCAGCGAGCAGUCCUGUGACACAGUCAUCUACAUCGGACCCAACGGCACAGCCCUCUCGGACAAGGAGCUCACCGACAAUGAGGGUCCCCCAGACUUUGUCCCCAUUGUGCCAGCCCUGCAGAAGAGCAGGGGUGACAGCCGGCCUGCUGAGACAGGAGAGGCUACGGCCAGCAAAGCAGAGCGGGACUGCCUGAAGUGCAACACGUUCGCCGAGCUGCAGGAGAGACUGGACUGCAUCGACGGCAGCGAAGAGCCCAGUAAGUUCCCUUUUGAAGAGCUGCCUGUCCAGUUUGGGGCAGAACAGACCAGCAGAUGCCCCCUGUUAAGCCAAGCUGCUGGGGCUCACCCACUGUCUGAGUCCGAUAAGGAAGACAAUGGGUUGGACAGCCAGCUGGCCGACCUGGACACCUCGGAGCCCCGGGCCUCCAAGGCACAGCGGGACCACUCUCCGGUGCUUGCCACAGCCCGCAGCAGCAGCCCUGCCCCGGCCUCGCCUCGGAGCAUCCCAGGCAGCAGCAGCCAGCACAGCACUUCCCAGCUCACGCAGAGCCCCAGCCUCCAAAGCAGCCGCGAGAGCCUCAACUCCUGUGGCUUCAUGGAAGGCAAGCCAAGGCCCAUGGGCUCCCCACGGCUGGGUGUUGCCAGCCUGUCCAAGACCUCAGAGUACAAGCCCCCCAGCUCCCCUUCACAGAGGUGCAAAGUCUACACCCAGAAGGGGGUCCUGCCAUCCUCCACCCCACUGCCGCCCUUGAGCAAGGACUCCAGCAUGGUCUCCAGUGAGUCCCUGCAGCAGCCUGAGGUCCGCACCCCACCGGUGGGAAUGAGCCCCCAGGUUUUAAAGAAAUCCAUGUCGGUAGGGAGUGAGGGUUUUGCGGAGACAUCUGCUGAGGAUGCGCUCCAGGCAUCGCCCUCACCGGACUCCAGAAGUGAGAUCCUGAGCACCACGAUGGUGACUGUGCAGCAGCCCCUGGAGCUGAAUGGCGAGGACGAGCUGGUGUUCACCCUGGUGGAGGAGCUGACCAUCAGCGGGGUCCUGGACAGCGGCCGCCCCACCAGCAUCAUCAGCUUCAACAGCGACUGCUCCGUGCAGGCCCUGGCCUCGGGCUCCCGGCCUGUCAGCAUCAUCAGCAGCAUCAGCGAAGACCUGGAGUGCUACUCCAGCAUGGCGCCUGUCUCAGAGGUGAGCAUCACGCAGUUCCUGCCUCUCCCAAAGCUGAGCCUGGAGGAGAAGGCCCGGGAGUCCGGCAGCAGGCGCUCCUCCAUCAGCUCCUGGCUGAGCGAAAUGAGCGCAGGCAGUGACGGUGAGCAGUCGUGCCACAGUUUCAUAGCCCAGACCUGUUUUGGGCAUGGGGAGGCCAUGGCAGAUCCCCCCGCCUCGGAGUUUGUGGGCAGCAUCCAGAAUACCACCGUGGUGUGCAGAGAGAAGCCCAAGGCCGGCCCUGACAACCUACUCAUCCUGUCUGAUGUGGCUGAUGACCCUUUCAACAAGGCCACUCCCAUCAAAGGCUGUAAAAUAUCGACCCUGGGCAAGGCCAUGGUCACGAUCUCCAACACAGCCAAUCUGAGCAGUUGUGAGGGCUACAUCCCUAUGAAAACCAACAUCACAGUGUACCCCUGCAUUGCCAUGAGCCCCCGCAGUGUCCAGGAGCCCGAAACGGCCACUGCCACCCCCAAAGUAGCCCCCAAAGCCACACAGUCCCAAGAAAAUAAGGAAGCUGGUACCAAGAAAGAGAUGAAAUUUGAGGACCCUUGGCUAAAACGUGAAGAAGAAGUGAAAAGUGAAAAUGCAUAUCCCAGUGAGGAAGGGGCUCGGUGUGACACAACCACAGGCCCUGUGAAACCUGAGGCCAGAGCAGAUCAGGAAGCAGAGAAGAACCCCAGCCCAGGUGACAGGCUCAGCAGCAGUAGUGGGGAGGUAUCUGCCUCCCCCGUGACUGACAACUUCAGGAGGGUGGUAGAUGGCUGUGAGAUGGUGCUACCUGGCUUGGGCGCCCAGAGCCCAGUGCAUUCCAACAAAAGCCUGAAGUCCAGCAGUCUUCCAAGGGCGUUUCAGAAGGCCAGCAGGCAUGAGGAGCCUGACAGCCUCUUCUACCACUGUGCAGCUGACUCCAGCGGCUUUGGUGCCUCGUCCUCCAAGGCAACUCUGGAGAGGAAGGUGGCUUCACCUAAGCACUGUGUCCUGGCUCGGCCCAAAGGGACUCCACCUCUGCCCCCCAUCCGCAAGUCCAGCUUGGACCAGAAGAACCGGGCCAGCCCCCAGCAUAGUGCCAGCACCAACAGCCCCUCGAACCAGCCAGCCACUUUCUUGGCCAGCUUCCCUGAUGAGCCAGGCAACAAGAUGAAGGAUGCUAGCAGCAGCAGCAGCAGCAGCAAGCUCUUCAGUGCCAAGCUGGAGCAGCUGGCCAGCAGGACCAACUCGCUUGGCAGGGCAACAGUCAGCCACUAUGAGUGCCUGUCGCUAGAGAGGGCCGAGAGCCUGUCCUCCAUGAGUGCCCGGAUGCACGCGGGCAAGGAUAGCACCAUGCCCCGCACGGGACGGAGUCUGGGCCGCGGCACUGGGGCCUCACCACCCAGCUGCGGUACCACACAGUCCACUGGGGCCUCGCCCAAGGCCAGCCAGUCCAAGAUCUCAGCCGUGAGCAAGCUGCUCCUGGCCAGCCCCAAGGCACGCAGCCUGUCCACCUCCACCACCAAGACGCUCAGCUUCUCUACCAAGUCUCUGCCGCAGUCGGUGGGCCAGAGCUCCAACAUGCCGCCCAGUGGGAAGCACAUGUCCUGGUCCACCCAGUCGCUCAGCAGGAACCGCAGCUCAGGCCUGGGUUCCAAGCUGCCGCUGCGUGCAGUCAAUGGGCGCAUCUCAGAGCUGCUGCAGGGCACCGUGGGUGCACAGGGCCCACAGGCUGAGGAGCGCGGGGAGGACCGGCCAGCAGCCACCACGCACCUGCUGCCCUCGCCCUACAGCAAGAUCACCCCACCCAGGAGGCCACACCGCUGCAGCAGCGGCCACGGCAGCGACAAUAGCAGCGUGCUGAGCGGGGAGCUGCCGCCAGCCAUGGGCAAGACAGCUCUGUUCUACCACAGCGGUGGCAGCAGUGGUUAUGAGAGCAUGAUGCGGGACAGCGAGGCCACAGGCAGUGCAUCCUCGGCACAGGACUCCAUGAGUGAGAACAGCAGCUCAGUGGGCGGGAGGUGCCGGAGCCUCAAAACCCCAAAGAAAAGGUCCAAUUCAGGUUCUCAGAGACGGAGGCUCAUCCCAGCGUUGUCCCUGGAUACCUCCUCCCCUGUGCGAAAGCCCACGGCCAGCACCGGGGUCCGCUGGGUGGACGGCCCCCUACGCAGCACCCAGAGGGGCCUCGGGGAGCCUUUCGAGAUUAAAGUCUAUGAAAUCGACGACGUGGAGCGCCUGCAGCGGCGGCGCGGGGGCACCAGCAAGGAGGUCAUGUGCUUCAACGCGAAGCUGAAGAUUCUGGAACAUCGGCAGCAGAGAAUCGCCGAGGUCCGAGCCAAGUAUGAGUGGCUGAUGAAGGAGCUGGAGGCCACCAAACAGUACCUGAUGCUGGACCCCAACAAGUGGCUCCGUGAAUUUGACUUGGAGCAGGUGUUGGAGCUGGAUUCCCUGGAGUACCUGGAGGCGCUUGAGUGCGUGACGGAGCGCUUGGAGAGCCGUGUCAACUUCUGCAAGGCACACCUCAUGAUGGUCACCUGCUUCGAUAUCACCUCCAGGCGCCGAUAAGGAGAGGCGGCCCCGCCCAUGGCCCCUCGUCGCCCUCCCUGGGCCUUCUGUGCUGGCGGCACCCAAAGGCAGUAGACUGAGGAUGCAGGUUGGCGGCAAGUCUGCAGUGAGCGUGAGCGGAAGAUGGUUCUUGCUUUGUGUUCUGUAGGGAAGGUGCGAACACCAAAUAACGUGGAAGGAGAAAGUGACGGGAAGCCCAAGGGACAUCAAAGCCCCAGGAGACGGAAGAAGCACUUUGAGGAACUUUGGAGAACUCGUUUGUACAUAAAACUGCUAGCAAAGGGACCUCACUCUUGUCUUGCUUUGGUGAGAAAGGGGGAGGGUGGACGCAGCACUGCUGACCAUGGCAAAAACAAAACGGCAACGACGACAUGACCCUGAAUGACAGAUCAAGUGCCUUGCAAAUCUUUAUGCUUAUCCGAACAUUUGUGUUCAUACUUUCUGUGUACAGAUGGUGCUAGUCAAGAUGAAAAUAACAAAAUCAACAAAAAGAAAAUCCAACACAUUUUUGCAGUAUGUUUACGGCUCCUUUUCUCUCUCAGUGUUUUAUCCUAUCGCUGACUUGCUGUUUCUAAGCAAGUUGUGUUUGUAGAGAUAUUUCCUAAUCAGUAUUGCAUAUGAAUAAAUGUUAACUGUCUUUUAUGGU